AUGUCCAACAGCACGCCUCUUGUGAUUCUGUGUACCGGCGCCAACCGAGGAAUAGGUCUUGCCAUCAUCCAAGCUCUGGCAAGUCAUUCAAAGACAUCCGGUGCCUCGUUCCUUCUUGGCUGUCGAACUGCAGACAAAGGAAAGGAGGCGAUUGACGAGCUCCGCGGCAAAGGAAUCAAAUCUUCUAUUGAACCUCUUGUCCUUGACGUCACUUCUGAUGAGUCCAUACAAGACGCUUUUGGAUUGGUGCAAAGCCUGUACGGUCGGCUCGAUGUCUUGGUCAACAACGCCGGAUACGCCGCCAUACCCUCAUCUUCGGAAAAUUCCGACUGGCGAGACAUUUAUGCCCGAGUGUACGAAACCAAUGUAACCUCGGUAGCGUUGAUGAUGCAGGCCUUCCUUCCUCUGUUGCGCAAGUCGACAGGCACAAUCAUCAAUAUUUCGUCAGCGCGUGGAUCGGCAGGUCUUGCUUCCAGCGGAGCCUUGCCGCCGACUGUAUCUGUUCCGUACAGCGUCUCAAAAGCUGCCUUGAAUAUGCUCACCAUUGAGACGAGUCGACAGGCCGAGAAUCAAAAGGUCGAAUUCCAACUUGUCAGCCCUGGGCAUUGCAAGACAGCGUUCAACGGCUACCGAGGGACCAGAGAUCCACUGGAAGGUGCAAAUGUUGUUGUGGGAUUGAUAGUCGCAGAAAAAGGCAGAUACAAGAAUGCCUGUUUCUGGGAGACGAAAGGAGCCAAUGUAGACCUUGUCGAGAUUCCAUGGUGA